AAGUUUGUGGUCGGUCAUUUAAAGAAGUCAGAUAAAGGAAGAGGUCAGGAUCGAUCAUAUAUGAUGACUCAUUUGAAAGGGUUUCUUCUCACGUCGUUUGUUCAGUUUCAGUGACGGACGGAGCGACAUGGAGCCGAGCUGCCAGGACUGGAUGUCCGCUCUGCCGGAGGAGCUGUGGGACAUUCCUCUGACAAACCUGGCCAUACCAGGGAGCCAUGAUGCCAUGAGUUACUGUCUGGAUAUAAACUCCCCUUUGGUGCCCUCCGAGUCAGAUGCUUUCAGACUCCUGGAUGGACUUUUCUACUGCUUUACCAGGCCGGCCAUCUUUAAAUGGGCAACAACACAGGAUAAAAGCAUGGAGGAGCAGCUGUCGAUGGGGAUUCGGUUCUUCGAUCUACGCGUCGCACACAAACCCAAAGACUCCUCCAGCGACCUGUACUUCACACACGUCAUUUACACACAUCUAACAGUUCUGGAAACUCUGUCCUCUGUUGCCACCUGGCUGGAGUCCCACCCGAAGGAGAUUGUCAUCCUCGCCUGCAGCCACUUUGAAGGAAUCGACGACAGACUCCAUGAAGCGUUCAUUUUCUCCCUGAAGAAGCUCUUUGGCUCAAAACUCUGCCCAAGGAAGGACUCUGUGCCGACCCUGAGGAGUCUGUGGGCGUCUGGUUAUCAGGUCAUCCUCUCCUAUGAGUGCCAAACUGCAGCCAGACAUUGUGAGCUGUGGCCUGCAAUCCCCUACUGGUGGGCCAACAAGCGCACAGCACAGGGAGUGAUCAGUUAUCUGGACUGGAACAAAGAGAUGGGACGACCAGAAAGCUUCUUUGUCUCUGGUUUGAACCUGACAGCGGACAGAUAUUUCAUCACCAAGAACCCCAAACAGUCUCUGAGGACGCUAACGUUCAGUAACUGGGACUGUUUGAGGAAAUGGCUGGAGGAGCAGACGCCCGGAUCAAACCCUGAGAGCCUCAACAUCAUCGCAGGAGACUUUGUGGGUCCUCUCCCCCUCUGCUCUCUGGUCAUUAAAUUGAACCAAAAACUUGUACAGAAGAAAGCCGUCAGAUGAGAAAAACAUAGUUAUAGAUACAAAUGCACUAAGCGGACAUGUAUCCAAACAUUUAUUUACUUUGUUAUCCUACAAAGAGGGAUCAUUUCCAGAUAAUUUCCAGCUGCAAAAUCAUGAAACAAACACAGAAAUAUGCCUAAUUUACCUCAAAAUUGUCAGCAUGGCAUGUCAUGAAAAUAAUCCCAUCAUCACAAGAAGUUUGUAAUUGUAUAUAUUAUAGUAUUGUAAUAUCUGAACCAGUUCACUUCCAUCGCUGGAACACCUGCUGCUGUGCCGUGAUAACUCACUCAUAUCUGGCAAACAGAGGGGCGUCCAAAACGGCCUACCUUCACUGGUCUAAACAAAUCCAGACCAUUCAGGACCAGAAUCUGAAGGAGGACAUACUGGCUGCUGCAGAAGCCAGCACUUCAACACAUCAUUUGAUCUGAAUGUGUGAUGAUACUGUAAGGUCAUUCUAUGAUUUAAUUUAGUAGAUAUCUUUAAUUCAGCAUAUUGUUCAUUUUGUUCAUUCUCUUCACAUCCAGAGAAAAAUAGGACAGUGGUUCUCAACUGGUCAAGCCUCAAGACCCACUACCAGCUCCUUCAUGAAAAACCAUGACCCCAAAAUUCAGAUAUUUUUCAACCAAUCACAAUUAUUUAAUACAAUUUUUUUGCAGUUUGGAUCAUCUUUAUCUCGUAAUAAUGAGAUCUUUAUCUCGUUAUAACAAGAAACCAGGCCAAAAAAAAAAUCUCCACAUGAAUGCAAUACGCUUCCGUAGAAAGCUCACAUUUUUUUGUACCUCUCUCUUUUUCACCCUCUCUGUUGAUUUUUGUGGCCAUGUUUAACUGUAUUGGACAGGGCAGCUGAAGAGUGACAGGAACUGUGGGGAGGAGAGAGUAGGAGAUGACAUGCAGCCGGAUUCAAACCCACAGCGGCUGCGAUGAGGAACAGAACACUAAAUCCAUACGUUUUGUAUGUAUUUGCUUUUCCAGUAAGACCAAUUUGAUGUAGAUUUUUCUUUUAUCUUGCUCAGCACCCCUGUGGUGCUGGAUAACUCACUUGAUGGAGAGUGACUCCUACAUGUGUGAGGCUGUGUCAUUGAUGUAGUGGCCCAGGGUUCGACUCUUUUCCUGUCUGUCUUCAGCUGUCCUUUAAAAAAAACACCAUGUAAUUGAAUAACAUAGUUAUACAUUACAGAUGCAGGUGAUAACUAACAACCUGUCACUCCACUCCAGCUCCACCAUAUUGUCUAAAUAUGGUCACUUCUGGCUCCCUGAAACAUAAUAUGGCAACAGACAAAUCAAAGGUUCUUUAUAUAUUUUCUUUAUUAUGAAAACAUUCAUCCACUUUAAAGUGCAGUUUAUACAUGUUUACCAGAAUGUACAUCCUUCUGUAGCGAUCAAAACAGUCCUCUUUUUUAAGGUGUUUGUGGUUCAGUUUGCAGCAGCAGGAAGGAUCACUCUCCUCUUCUCUCCACUAGCUUCACUUGAACAGUUUCUUGUAGCGUCCGUAAGCAGCGCGGCUGAUGAUGACUCUGAUGACAGCUGAGCCUUCGUCUGCGUCCACCUGCACGUCCUGAACGGCUGCUUCUUUGUAUAGCCAACUGUGGAAGGAAACACACACUCACUAUGGAUGCUCUCUUGUUCUAAAUCUAAAAAGAGAGAGAGUGAUUCAACAGUGCUUACCUUAACUGAGGAGUGCUGAGGUCCACUUUGAGAUCUAAAAUGUGUUUUCCUGUAGAGUUUACAAUCUGAUCUUCCACGGCUCUCUGCAGCUCAUCCAGGCCUCGCUCCUCCAAGGCAGAUAUGGGCAACACACCGGGCUCUGUAAUCUGAUAGCUGAGGGGGACAACAGAAAAUACUUUGAUUUUCUUCUGAACACUAAAACCAUUUCUCCACCUCUUUUUACACAUAUGGGUUAAUACCAAUAUGGGUCUGCAACACCUGGGGAAUCACUACAGAAGAUCUAUACUGAAAAACUGAUUGGCCAACUAUUUGUCAUGGUUGGGACAUUUUUUGUAAAUGUUUGUUUAUUAGCUAGUGUGGGUUUCAUAAGUGUUGUGUGUUUCUUCUGGGGUGUUUUCAGUUUAGCUCUGGGUAGGAUUUUGCUUGUUUUCAGUGCUUCUUCUUUUGCUGCAGAGGCUGGGAGGUGUGUUGCCAGAGGCAGAGUUACUCAUUAGGUACAAUCAAUGGCUGCUGAUAUGUCCCUCUGGUCCUCUGGUCGCCCAAAUUUUCUCAGCGCUUUGCCAGUGAUCCAACCCUGUGAUUUCCUGUUUCUACAGUGACACUUUCCACCGAGCUUCAAUCAAUCGAUGGGCCUGAGUUUUUUUUGGUUUUUUUAAGAACAAAGCAAAAACUCUCUGAUUCCAGUUUAAUAAAAAAAGAAUAUUGUC